AUGGACAGCAACCAUCAAAGUAAUUACAAACUGAAUAAAACUGAGAAGAAGUUCUUAAGGAAACAGAUUAAAGCCAGGCAUACUUUGCUGAGACAUGAAGGCAUUGAGACAGUAUCGUAUGCCACCCAGAGCCUGGUUGUGGCCAAUGGUGGAUUGGGUAAUGGGGUGAGUAGGAACCAGCUGCUCCCAGUGUUAGAGACGUGUGGACCAGUAGAUGCUCUCUUAAUGCCUCCUAACAAGCCCUACUCAUUUGUGAGCUACAAAACUGCAGAAGAAUCCAAGAAAGCCUACGUCACCCUCAACGGAAAAGAAAUAGUGGAUGAUUUAGGACAAAAGAUCAUUCUGUACUUCAAUUUUGUGGAAAAAGCACAAUGGAAAGAGUUGGGGCUUCAGGCCUUACCUCCAGGCCUCAUGGUAGUAGAAGAAAUUAUUUCUUCUGAGGAUGAGAAAAUGCUUUUGGAAAGUAUUAACUGGACAGAAGAAACAGGCAAUCAAAAUGUUCAAAAAUCUUUAAAGCACAGAAGAGUAAAGCACUUUGGUUAUGAAUUCCACUAUGAAAACAACAAUGUGGAUAGAGGCAAGCCAUUACCUGGGGGUCUUCCUGACAUUUGUGAUGGCAUUUUGGAGAAAUGGUUGAAAGAAGGUUACAUUAAACACAAACCCGAUCAGUUGACUGUAAACCAGUAUGAACCUGGACAUGGAAUUCCUGCUCAUAUUGACACACAUUCUGCUUUUGAGGAUGAGAUUAUUUCUCUCAGUCUGGGGUCAGAGGUUGUCAUGGACUUUAAGCACCCAGACGGCAUCACGGUGCCUGUUAUGUUGCCUCGUCGGAGUUUGCUGGUGAUGACCGGAGAAUCUAGAUACCUCUGGACACAUGGAAUCACACCCAGAAAAUUUGAUACUGUUCAAGCAUCCAAGGGUCACAAAAGUGGAAUUAUCACCAGUGAUGUUGGAGACUUAACUUUAAGCAAGAGGGGAAUAAGGACAUCAUUUACAUUUAGGAAAGUGAGGCAAACACCUUGUAAUUGUAGUUACCCUUUGGUCUGUGACAGCCAGAUGAAGGCGACCCCCCCAUCAUUUCCAGAGAGCGAAAGAGAAGCCUCACAACUGGAGCAAGAGUAUGUCCACCGAGUCUAUGAGGAGAUUGCUGGGCACUUCAGCAGCACAAGACAUACCCCUUGGCCACAUGUGGUGGAGUUUUUGAAAGCUUUGCCCCGUGGUUCGUUAGUGGCUGAUGUUGGCUGUGGAAACGGAAAGUAUCUUGGCAUCAAUAAGGAGUUAUUUAUGAUCGGUUGUGAUCGGAGCCAGAGCCUCGUGGACAUCUGUCGAGAGCGGCACUUCCAGGCCUUCGUCUGCGACGCGCUGGCUGUGCCCAUCCGCGGCGGGGCCUGUGAUGCCUGCAUCUCCGUUGCUGUUAUUCACCAUUUUGCAACAGCGGAGCGCAGAGUAGCCGCUCUCCAAGAACUCGUUCGACUCCUGAGACCUGGCGGGAAGGCACUCGUUUAUGUCUGGGCAAUGGAACAAGAAUAUAAUAAGAAGAAAUCCAAGUAUCUUAGAGAAAACAGAAUGAGCCAGGGGAAGGAGGAGGAGGUCAGCAGCGAUACGCCAGGCCCAGAGUUGCUUGUGGAGCAAGUGCCUGACACAGGCCAUAAGGAGCCAGCAUGUCGAAUGCCCUCCAUCAGUGACUUCCAGGAGGGAGGGCGGAAUUCAAGGGAAGUUACUCAUUCCAAGCUCCCCGUUCACACUAAUAGGACUUCUUUUCAUUCUCAAGACGUACUGGUUCCCUGGCACCUUAAGGGCAACCCUGGGAAAGACAGACCUGCUGAGCCGUUUGGUCCGGGAGGAUCCCAUGACCCAAGUCCUGUGUUUCAUCGUUUCUACCACGUGUUCCGUGAGGGGGAGCUGGAAGCCGCCUGCCAGACUCUGAGUGACGUCCGCGUCCUGCGAAGCUACUACGAUCAGGGGAACUGGUGUGUGAUUCUUGAGAAGGUCUGA